UUUGCGUUUAGAUUGCAGGACUGAAGGCGAUUGUUCAGUUUGCAGCGUCGCAGAGACUGAAGAGCUCCCAGGGAGUAAUCCAGAGGCACUUUGCAGACAUGAUGGGAGUGUUGCUGCCGGUUCUGAGCAGGAAGAACACGCCUUCUAUUCUGGAUGUGGACUUCUUCCAUCUCUUGGUGGGGUUGGUGUUGUCGAUUCCUUCUCUGUACCAGGAGGAAGGAAUCGACUUGCAGCCGUCUGCCGUUAGCUCCGCCUUCAACAACAUGUACAUCUUUCACCUGGUCACCAUGGCUCACAUCCUGCAGGUCCUGCUGACCUCUACAGAUUCUCCAGCUGCAGGCGAUGGAGAGGAGACAGAGGAAGCAAGAUUAGCAGCAGAGUUAUACACAACAGUGUUGCUACACACUGGAAGGCUGGUUCCAGAUUCAUCUGGUGGCUCCGUGGCUCAAAGGGGUGAAGGCGGGAAUUGA